CCUUCAUAACUGUAAUGUGAAAAACACAAAAUCCCAAUUGAAGCACUCUUAUUUUCAAGCAAACUCUCAAUAAAACGCAUAAAAAUCUUUUCAUCCUUCUAGUGAAAGUAUCAUGAAAAGCAGACCGAAAUCCAGAAACCAAAUGUGAAAUAUGAAAUAAACGGAGUUAGCCAUUACAGGAGAAAGCUUAAAUGUUACAGCCCCAGGCUGACAAGAAUUCAUAACCGUUUUACAGUGUCUCGAGUGCACCUCAGUAUUAUUAGCCUGGGUGGAGAGCAGGUGCUCUUGCAUUUAUCUUUUACUACUUAAAAAACAAGAAGUUGCCUAAGUAGGAUAACCACACUUGCCAAGUGAAGUCAACAGCUGUCGCCGGUCGGGCUUCCUGUGUUAUUGGGCUGACUCACUAGGCCCGUCCAAAACAAGCCCGUGCUCGCCUUCCCGCAAACGUCACGGUCUCCGAGCCAGUCUUGCCCACAGAUAAGCUAUGGAGUUUCAGACAGCAAGGGGGGCGACCCAGAAAGAGGCCCCAAGUCUCUGGCAACCUGGGCCCCCUCUCCGCCUCUCCUACCCCCACCCCUGCGGCCCUGCCGCCGGUCCCCCCUUUCUGGGGUCGCCGGGGUUUCGCCCAGAGCUUCCCGAGUCGUCGGCCGGUCCGCCUAGACGACUGCCACGCUCUCCGGGCUCUCCGACAGAACCAGCCCAGGUGACCACGGACCGUCGCUUCCAAUUGGCCACCCCCGUGGGCUCCGCCUUAAGUCACCUCAGCUCGUUUCCGGAGGCUGCACUUCCGGCCGCUGCUCUGAGCUCUGGGCUCCCGGCCCGGGACUCUGGGCUGCUGGUCCUGGUUGACCGGGUUGGGCUGGGCGGAGGCUGGGUGUGGUGACUUUUCUGGCCAGGCCCUCCCCCAGCCGUGCUCCGUCUUCCCCUUCUGCUGGGCUGGACAUCCGCUGGAUGCAGUUAUCUGAGUUGGACCGCGUGGACUGUAAAUAAACAAGCAGAGGACGUUCCUAUGUGCGCUCAUUUUUUCCCAAAUCAAUUCUAAAUUGUGAUGGAAUGGGAGACAGAAAAAUGGCAGGUUUCGAGAGCGGAGCGAGACUGAGGAAGGCAAUCGGACCUUGUUGCAGUUUGUCCUUCGGAGGCGGGGCAUGGAACAUGGAAAUUUAUAAAAUGAGUUAUGUAACAUAGAGCAUAAAUGGACUGCCUAAUAAAAUUUUUUAUUCAGUA